AUGAGAACAGCACUGUUCAUUGUUUGUCUCCUUCCUGCGCUGACAGUGAUCGCACAGACGACACCAGCAGGGAGCGUUGACCCUGUGGUAUCUCUGAAAGAUGGCCGAAUCAGAGGGGGAUACAUUACGGUGAAAGGCACAGAGAGGAGGGUGAAGCAAUACCUGGGAAUCCCCUUUGCCCGGCCCCCAGUGGGGCCCCUCCGCUUGGCUGCUCCACAGGAUACAGAGCCCUGGGAGGGGGAGAGAGACGGCACCCACCAGCCUCCCAUGUGUAUCCAGGAUCCAGACAUAAUUGUGAAUCUUUCUAGGACCAUGUCAAUGCAAUACACCCCACCAGAGCUCUCAGAGGACUGUCUGUAUCUGAACGUAUACACUCCAGCUGAGGCAGCAAAGGGGAACAAACUCCCGGUGAUGGUGUGGAUCCACGGAGGAGGUCUGGCAAUGGGUGCAGCUUCUCAGUAUGACGGCGCUCCAUUAGCUGCUUAUGAAAACAUAGUGAUGGUUAUUAUUCAGUAUCGCCUCGGCAUUCUGGGAUUCCUGAGCACCGGAGACGAGCAUGCUCAGGGCAACUGGGGUUUCUUGGACCAGCUAGCAGCCCUGAGAUGGGUGCAGGAAAAUAUUGAGGCCUUUGGCGGCGAUCCACAAACUGUCACAAUCGCUGGAGAAUCUGCAGGAGGCAUCAGUGCAUCCACACUGACUCUGUCUCCACAAGCAAAAGGACUAUUUCAGAGGGCAAUUUUUCAAAGUGGAGUGGCAAUACUUGGGACCUUCACUACAUCACAUCCUUUGCGUCAUGCCAAGUUUGUUGCCAACCUUACUGGAUGUGACCGCAGCAGCACAGAGGAACUGGUCCAAUGUAUGAGGGGAAAAAGUAAAGAUGAGCUAGUUGAUGCAACUAAAAAGAUGAAACUUUACCUGGGAGGCGUGGUGGACGGCGUGUUUCUGACUGACACAGCAGAGGAGCUUCUCAAGAGGAAAGAAGUAUUGAAGGUUCCAGUGAUGAUGGGAGUAACCAACCAUGAGUUUGGAUGGAUUCUGCCUCAGAGCUUCGCCCCUCCUGGCUGGGAGAACGGCAUGAACAGAGAGGCUGUGCUGGCAGUGGUGAACAUGUUCAAUCCUACAGGGGCCUCCUUUGCCAACAGCCUCAUCGUUGACGAAUACAUGAAAGACGCUAAAACACCGGAGGAGAUCAGAGACGCAUUCACUGAAAUCAUAGGAGACCUGCUGAUGACGCUGCCUGUCGUCAAGGUGGCCGGAUACCACGCAGAUGCGGGCGUUCCAGUUUACAUGUAUGAGUUUGUAUAUCGUGCUGAGAUACACAAACACACCAGACCCAGCUUCGUGAAGGCAGAUCAUGCGGACGAUGUCGGCUUCAUGUUUGGUGGAUGUUUCUGGAAUGGACAUAUAAAAAUCAUAGGCAACAUUACCAAGGAGGAUGAAAGUCUUUGUAGGACCAUGAUGGCAUACUGGGGCAGUUUUACCCGUACUGGCUCUCCCAGCGGUGCUGGCGUCGUCAGUUGGCCUCAGUAUGACAGGCAGCAGCAGGAGUACAUGGAGCUGGGCCUGACGCAGACGGUGAAACAGAAACUGAAGGAGGACAGGAUCCAUUUUGCGAAUGUCAUCCUCCCUCAGAAGCUCCAACAGUUAGCAGCAGCAGCAGCUGCAGCAGCAGCCAAACCUGGAAACUGAUCUCUGCAAGCUGUCAUGUUUAUAUUGGUCCCAAUUUUGAGAGGUUUUAUGCUUCCUCACCAAAACUAACUAGUAUAAUAUUAAUUACUGCCUUCACCCCUUUAUCUCUAUUUUAGAAUAUAUUUACUUACUUCUUUUGCAAGUCUUCAUAUUCCAUGCAUGUAUCUUUUUUGACAUGUAUUUUGUAAAAUAGCUGAAAUUAAAGGAAACCCUUCAUUGCAAAGAAAAACAUGUGUGUCUUGUUAAACCCAUAGACAUAUAUACAUAGACGCCGCAUUGGACGCUUCAGCCCGUUGCGGCAAUACAUCAACGUUGGCGCCAUAUUGGACCUGGCAAGACUGGCCUGUAACCCUAUACAAGUGAACGGGGGGCAGCUGUUAUUCUGGAUAAAAAGCACUAUAACGUCUACAUUUCUCAACCGAUUUCAAUGAGUUGUUAUUAUAUUAAAGGAUUUAUGAUCUACGAGGAGAAGAAACAUAGAGUUUUGUCUCCAGUUACUUAGAAUCAGGAUAGUUGAGCUAUAAUCGCUGCUAAAUGCUCAGGAGACGAGUGUGUACCGUAGGCUGACAUGAACUGAGUUACUGACGUGAUAGAAAAUAAUUCAUUUAUCAGAAGGAAUUGUUAAAACUCACAUUUGUCAAGUAUGGCUUUGGCUUAUUUUCCCUGUUUAAGGUUACUUGUAAAGAGGUCCCUGUAUAAUAUAAUACAAUAUAAUAUAAUAUAAUAUAAUAAAAUUAAAUGUCUUCCUCCAUCUUAGCGAUCAUGCUUUCCAUCUAUAGGCUACCACUAACACUGCUACUAUAAUUACUAUUAUGUACUUACUAAUUAGAGCAAUCAAAACAACAGGCAAAUAGUAGUACAUAAAUAAAUAAUGAUAACAAUAAAUAUUAGUAUAAUAAUAAUGUUAUGAUCUGAAUUUAUUAAAUAAUGGUGAUAAUACAAAAAAUAUUUUAAAAAUAAUCUAAUAGUGUAAUUGUUAACCAAGACAUGCCAUCACUUUUAUUGUUUGCAAUGUUAGACACAUAUUGUUUUUAAUACGUAUCGUACAUUUCAUGUUUUAAACACGUAAAUAUUAUGUUAGAUAUGAAGAUCAAUAAGUUUAUAUUAACUUAUAUCGAUCAGCUAACAAUAACGAACGUUACACGCAGCUGUCAGAGCAUUUGAUUUAUUGAUUGCUGUCGGGAUGUAAUGAGAAUUUCAACAGAUAUAA